UAUUGUUUUUGCAAGAGAAAAAGAAAAGUGGCAUUUGUUAAAUCAGAUGUGUCGUAAGAUGAAGAACGCCAAGCUCUAUUCUUUUAAGAAUCUGACAAUUGUUCUCAUUUCAUUCUUCAUCGGCUUCUCUUCAUGUGAGCACCACCGUCACCGUUCCAUUUCCAGCCAUGGCGGCCGCCUUACCGACCAAGAAGCGUUGUACAUCAAGCAACGCCGGCUUCUAUAUUACCGAGAUGAGUUCGGCGACAGAGGCGAAAACGUCACUGUCGACCCAUCACUUGUCUUUCAAAACCCCCGCCUCAAAAAUGCUUACAUAGCUUUACAAGCAUGGAAACAAGCUAUACUCUCCGACCCUACCAAUCUCACCCGCGAUUGGGUCGGAUCCGAUGUUUGUAAUUACACCGGAGUUUACUGUGCUCCCGCGCUCGAUAACAAGAGGAUCAGAACGGUCGCCGGCAUUGAUUUGAACCACGGCGAUAUCGCCGGGUACUUGCCGGAGGAACUCGGGUUACUCACUGAUGUUGCAUUGUUUCACAUCAACACGAAUCGAUUUUGUGGGACAGUUCCACACAAGUUCGUACGUUUGAAGUUGCUGUUCGAGCUGGAUCUUAGCAACAAUAGGUUCGCUGGUAAGUUCCCUGAGGUGCUUCUUAAGUUGCCUUCACUUAAGUUCUUGGAUUUAAGGUUUAAUGAGUUUGAAGGGACAGUACCGAAAGCUCUUUUCGACAAAGAUUUGGAUGCUAUUUUUAUUAACCACAACAGCUUCAAAUUCAAUCUCCCCGACAAUUUUGGUAGCUCACCGGUAUCUGUUCUUGUCUUGGCUAAUAAUAAGUUCCACGGUUGUGUGCCGGCGAGUCUCGGUAACAUGACCGGUCUCGAAGAAAUCAUUAUGAUGAACAACGGGUUUAGAUCUUGCUUGCCGGAGCAAAUUGGGCGGUUGAAGAAUUUGACUGUGUUCGAUGUUAGCUUUAAUGAGUUAAUGGGUCCUUUGCUGGAGAAGAUUGGGGAGAUGGUGAGCCUCGAGCAGCUCAAUGUAGCGCAUAAUAUGCUGUCGGGAAAGAUUCCGGCUAGCAUUUGUCGGUUGCCUAAGUUGGAGAAUUUUACGUUCUCGUAUAAUUUCUUCACCGGAGAGCCGCCUCUUUGUUUGGGGUUACGUAGUUUUGAUGAUAGGAGAAAUUGUCUGCCGGCUAGGCCUUUGCAGAGAAGUCAGGCCCAAUGCAAGUCUUUCUUGUCCAGACCGGUGGGUUGUAAUUCAAUUAGAUGUAAUCCUUUCGCUCCAUUGCCGUCUCCUCCUCCACUGUCUCCGCCCGUUCCAAUGCCUUCUCCACCAGUUGUUGUGUCGUUACCACGGCCUCCUCCACCACCUGUGUAUUCACCUCCCCCGCCACCAACAUCACCUCCACCACCCGUGUACUCACCUCCCCCGCCGCCACCACCAUAUCCUCCACCACCUGAGUAUUCACCACCUCCACCUCCACCAUUACCUCCUCCUCCGCCUCCACCGCCUCCACCUCCAUCUACUCCCCCACCAUCACCCCCGCCACCUACGUAUCCAUCACCACCUCCACCUUCUCCCCCACCGCCAGCACCUAUAUACUGCGUGAGGUCUCCACCACCUCCGCCACCAAAUUCACCACCUUCUUUGUUUUUGCCACCACCACCGCAUCAUUCAACGCCACCUCCGGUACAUUCUCCACCACCACCACCACAUUCACCUCCAGCACCAAUCUAUCCGUACUUAUCUCCACCGCGACCUCCUGUAAAUUCCCCACCUCCUCCAGUUCACUCACCACCGCCACCUUCACCUCCACCAUGCAUCGAACCACCACCUUCUCUUCCACCACCAUGUGUAGAGUACUCGCCGCCGCCACCAUCAGCAUCACCCCCACCCCCACCCCCACCCGUUGUAACAUAUUCCUCACCGCCAGCACCCGUACAAUACUAUUCUCCCCCACCGCCAGCUCCUGUAUACGAGGGACCAUUGCCACCCGUAAUGGGAGUUUCAUACGCAUCACCUCCACCACCUCCUUUCUAUUGAUUCUUUUGAGAAAUUUUCCUCCUCUAAUGAGCUAUCAUCUUCAUCACAAUGAAGGUGGAAAUAAGAGGAGAAAUUCUCUCCCAUAAUUUAUUGGAGUUGUGAAAAAUUAAAACAAAAAAUGGCAGAGAAAAGAAUGUAGGUUAAGAAACAAAGUCGUAUGUAUAGGGGAUGAAUUUGGAGAACCACAAUUAUAUUAUCCAGUUUUAGAAAACCUUUCGGUAUAUAUAUUAUCAUCCAGCCUUACAAUACUUGUAAUAAUUGAUAAUGAAUUCCCAGAAUUCAGUGAUUCGGUUGCUGUUGAAUGUCCCUUGUGCACAACAAGUUGAGCAGUUGUUCCAUAAUAUUGGAUUGUGAAUCAAAAUGACAUAUAUGUAUUCA